CCAUGUCGAAGUGAUACAGCGCGGCCGCCCGCUGCCGUAAGUAAAUGCUGGUCAAGUUCCAUUUCGCUUGCUGAUUAUUCUCUCACUGUCUGUUUAGGGCCACACUCCCAAAUAUCGUCCUCUACCUUCGAUCAAUUACCCGUUCCAUUCGCACGGAGCAAGCCGCAGUAGCUUGUGACAGUAACAACCUGUGACAGUAGCGAGGGGGUACGAGCAAGCAUGUCGAGCAUAUACGUGCUCGAGCCACCGACGCAAGGCAAAGUAGUGGUUACCACCACCCUUGGCGACCUCGAUAUCGAGCUCUGGCCACGUGAAGCCCCCAAAGCGGUCCGCAAUUUCGUCCAGCUGUGCUUGGAAGGGUACUAUGACAACACCAUAUUCCACCGCAUCAUUCCCGGCUUCAUGGUGCAGGGCGGAGACCCAACUGGUUCAGGCACGGGCGGGGAGUCCAUCUACGGGGAGCCAUUCAAGGACGAGUUUCACUCGCGGCUGCGCUUCUCCCACCGCGGGCUCGUCGCAUGUGCCAAUGCGAGCGCACCUCACAGCAAUGGCAGCCAGUGGUUCUUCACUCUGGACCGAUGCGACUGGCUGGACAAGAAGCACACCAUAUUUGGCAAGAUCACCGGUGACACCAUUUUCAACGCGGUGCGACUGGGGGAGGUGGAUACUGACGACAAUGACAGGCCGUUUGAUCCACCAUCAAUAAUCAGUGUGGAGGUCAUCUGGAACCCCUUCGAGGACAUUGUUCCCAGGAGACUGCCUGCUAGACAGCAGCUAGAAGCUGCAAGGAAGAGCAAAGGCAGGGACAAGAACAAGCGGAGGCACCAACCGCAGGUCAAAGGCACCAAGCAGCUGAACCUCCUCUCGUUCGGCGAGGAGGCGGAGGAGGAGGAGGCGCAAUUAGAAGAGGCGAAUCUGCGGAUCAGAAGCAGCCACGACGUCCUCAAGGACCCCAGGCUGCUGGCUGAAACAGCAGAGGCGGUUCAGCAGAAGUUGGCCUCUCGGGGAGGGGACUCAGAGGGGGAAGAGGAGGAGGAGGAGGAGAGUGGGCGAAGAGAAGGGGAGAGGCUCAGUAGAGGGAGAGACAAUGGCAAAGAAGGGGACAGUGCUGGUGGUGCCAUUGGGAGCGGGAGGGGGAGGAAGGGAGAAGAGAAGGGUGGAAAGAGUGGUGAUAGGGGUGGUUUAGGGGAUUCAGAGGACGAGAGGGGCAGGGGGAGAGAAGGCAGGGAGGGGAGAGGAGGCGAGGGAGAAGGGGGAGGAGAGAGGGAGGGGGGAGGAGAGGGGGAGGAGCCUAGCUUUGAUGAGUUGAUGCGGCGGAAAGUGCUGGAGAAGCAGCGGCGGUUCUUGAAGGGGGUGGAGAAACAGGGAGGUGCGAAUGAGGGAGGGCGGAGUGGAGAGAAGAAAGGGAGGGGAGGAAAAGGAGAGGGAGGGGAGACGGGUGGGGAAGGUGCAACAAGAAAACAUGAUGGGGCCGGUGUGAGGGAACGGGCGAAGGAGGAGGAGGGGGGUGGGGGUGAUGGUGACAGUGAUGGUAGUGAUGGGAGUGAUGAGGAGGGGGAGGGAAGAGGAGGGAAGGGGAGAGUGAGGGUUGAGAAACUGCGGUUAAGGAAGGUGGUGGGGAAAGGAGGGGGGAAGGGAGGGGGGGAGGAGAGUGCGGGGGGAGGGUUGUUGGGGGAGGAGGAGGAGAGAAGGCAGCAGAUGAGGCAGAGGAAAAGAGCACUGGGCUCUCGACAAGAGAAGACCCUUGAGCUUCUGAACCGGUUCAAAUCGAAGCUAACCGCGUCCAAGUCCGUGCAGCAGAGAGAUACACAUGCAGACAAGGGCAAGGGAUUUGCAGCAGAUGAGGGGGCAUUGGGGGGCGGAGAGGAGAAGACGGAAGGAGAGAGAGGCGGGGAUGGCAGCAGCAGGAGAGGGGAGUCGUUGGAGUCAGGAAAGAAGAGGGAGGCGGGGGCGUAUGGGCCGGGGGGGAAGGCGAGGCAGGAUGUGGGAGGGGAGGGGGUGGAGGAUGAUGCAGAGGAGGGUGGGGGUGUGGAUUGGAUGGCUCACAGGCUGAAGUUCGAAGUGAAGCGGAACAAGAGGGACGAGAUGCUCCGCAACGAGGACCCCGACCAGUACGCAGUGCACGACCCGCUGCUGGAGAAGGGCAAAGAGAAGUUCAACAAGAUGCAGGCCAAGGCGAAGAAGAGAAAUAGAGAGUGGGCCGGUCGAUCGCUGGACUGAUUUGGACUUGCUCGAGGAGUUCACGAAGUUGCAGACCAAGGCGAAGAAGCGCAACAGAGAGUGGGCUGGCCGCUCUCUGGACUAGCGAGGACUCGUAUUGAGUCUUCUUCAAAGGAGAGGCUCAGCCAGAUGCAGACCAGGGUGGAGGUCAACAAGAUGCAGGCCAAAGCGAGGAAGUGGAACAGGUUGUAGGCUGGCCGUGCGUGCGGUGCGGAGUGUAUUUUUGAGGCGCCUCAAAAAUAGACUCCUCAGGUGAGGAAGUGGAACAGAGAGUAGGCUGGCUGGUCUCUCGACUACGUAGAUUACAUGCGAUUUUCUGCAGCAUGCUGUGCGCGCUGCAUGACCCUUUGUUUUAGAAAGGCAAGGCUGUCAACAUAUUGAUGUAUAUUGGUUGAGGCUGGAUAGGUGCAUGCAUGCUAUAGUGAGUACAACACCUAGCACAAAACUACCCUG